AUGGAACUGACGAUCCUCGACUACCUGGGCUUGCCUGAAGGCAGCAUUCUUUCGGUGCGCUCGGGCCCGACCCGCCGCCAGAGUCCCUUGCCAUGUUCUGCUCCAUUCAGGUUGCCGCCUGGGCCUUGGCCCUUGCGCAUAGAUGUGCUUGGGCUUCUUGGGAAGUCUUCGUCACACAUCGCAUUGACGUCAGGAGAGAACGGCCUGUGUCGAUUGCCAUUGGAAGGCAAGGAUGGGCGAUCCAUGAGCGUCACCUUCCAGAUUUGCGCGGAGGGAGGCCCAAGGCCGAAGACCUCACCCACCUUGAGUCGCCGGGAAGCCGACGUGGUUCCAGUUAAGAAGAGAGACGCGGAAGCGGAUGCAAGGGCCUACUUGGACACGCACCGAUUGCACGAGUUCAUGCACGGGCUUUUCGAGCUUCUUCUCCGCGAGCGCCCGGAAGAUCCCUACAGCUUCAUGGCCACGCGGUUUCGCCAGGCCGCCGCCAUGGAGGCUCAGACAGCAAACGAGGGCGCGGGCACACCUUCGGUGGGUCUCAAGGUCUCCAGAAGCUCCGUGUCUACGGCUCCGACAAGUGCUGCGUCCUUGAGCCUUUCCUCCACCACUCGAGAGUCAGCCUUGGCCACGACCACGGCCAGUUUCGGAGAGGUGCCUGAGGGCGCCUUCAAGGUACUGGUGCGCAGCAUGCGCGGGCGAUCCGUCGCCAAGCUGGUGGUGUUACCUGGUGAGAAGGUCGGGUCGAUCAAGCAGCGCCUGCACGCAGCCAUGGCGGCCCCGGUCGCAUCACUGCAGCUCCUCUGGUUGGGCGAGAUGCUGCCGAAUGAUUCUACGCUUGAGGAUUGGUUUGUCGAGCCCGGCCUGGUUGUUCUGAACGUGGUUCCUUCGCACAAGGAACCCAAGAUACGGCAUGUGCUCUCCGGUGCCAGCGAAGGUGGCAUCCGUCUUUGGGAUUCGACCAAUGCGGAGAAGGUGCAAGACAUGACCCCUCCGGCACAAUCUGCAAUCUUGGCAAUGGCCGCUAACUGGGAGAGGAUGCGCGUUGUGUGCACGACCUCCGACGGACGAAUGCAGCUCUGGGACCUAAGUGAGGGCAUCUGCCUGAACAGCGUUGUCGCGCACCAGGAUGAGGCCGGCUGUGUCGAUGUGGACUGGGCCACGGAGCAGGCACUGACAGGAUGCGUCGCGGGUGCAGCAAAGCUUUGGUGCUUGAAGACUUUUCGUUGCCUCAAAGUCUUGCCGUCCGAGAGCGCAGUCGAUUCCUUUUCCGUCGACUGGCCCGCAAGAAGGGCCUGCGGCGGCCUGCGGAGUGGUGCCGUGCGGCUCUGGGACCUGGACGCAGCGCAAGUGCUUGGCGACUUCUUGGAAGGUGUUGAUGCUGCAAAGGAGUCCGGGACGGCUGUCAGCGGCACGGUCGUGGACUGCUCCGGCAGGAGGGCACUGAGCGGCUUCGAGGAUGGACACCUGGCGUACUGGCACUUCGAUGGAAAAGGUGCAGUGGAAGCACAGGCGGGAGACUCUCGAAGAAAGAGUGCAAAGGUCUUUCUGGCGCACUACAGCGCGCUGAGAAGCCUGGUGGCGCAGUGGCGUGCCACAGACAGCCGGGCAUUGGUCGGCUCCGAUGAUGGAAGCCUGUCACUUUGGCGCAUCGAUUCCGCUGAGUGCCUGGCGAGAUUUGCUCGGCACAUUGGCUUCGUGUGGGCGGUUCAUGCCGACUGGGCCAGGGAUCGGGCGGUGUCCGGGGCAUUCGAUGGUUGCCUCAAACUUUGGGAUCUUCGAACUGGUGAGUGUUUGCGCACGAUUCAAGGGCAUUCGCGGCCCAUCAGGAGUAUCUGCUGUGGGUGA